AUGCGGCUCAUCAUCCUGUUCGGUUACCUGAUGCUGGCUUCCAGUCAGCAGCUGGACGACGACUGGCUGGAUCCCUAUGACUUGCUCAAUUACGACGCAAGCACAAAAACGAUGAGGAAGCCCGCCGAGCAGCCAGCAAGGGCAGUUAAUGUUCCAAGCUCACAAAACGUGGACAUCAACUGUGGUCAAGCUGAGCUUACGGUCUGCAACCAACAGUUGUCUGAUUUACAAACUCAGGUCGAAGCCCAAAAGAAGAGUAUGAAACAGAUCUCCCAGCAGCCAACAUGUAAUCCUGUUUUUAAAAGAUUCCUUAGCAGGCUUUUGAAGGACAUACGGAGAGUUGAAAUGCCCAAAGACACCGUAGACUAUGACGCUAUGAUCAGACUAUCCGGCCAAGGCAUGGCAGAGAUUCAGAACUUUCUCGAUGGAGAAGACUGUUGCAGAACGGGUGCUCUGGACAAUGCCAUCAGUCAGAUUCUGGUUAAAGUUCGACCACAUGACUACGAUGCCUGGAGAUGGCGGUUUGAAGACACCUUUGGCAUUGAGCUGGACACACUUUUGAAAUUGGCAAUUUGUAUUUUGAUCUUCAUGGUCAUCAUCUGCACUCAGCUGUGGUCUUGCAUCUCCUGGUUUGUGCAGUUCAAGAGGCUGUUUACCAUCUGUUUCUUUGUUAGUAUUGUGUGGAACUGGUUGUACCUGUACAAGAUUGCAUUUGCUGAGCACCAAAGCAACAUUGCGAAGAUGGAUGGUGUCUAUGAAAAAUGCACUGGAGUGAAGACAAUUGACUGGCGUGAUAGUUUGAAAGAGUGGUUCAGAAGCACGUGGACACUGCAGGACGACCCUUGCAAGAGAUACUAUGAAGUCCUUAUGGUCAACCCCAUUCUACUCGUACCUCCCACCAAGGCAAUCUCGGUUACUAUCACGACCCUCAUCACAGAGCCACUGAAGCAUGUCGGCCUUGGGAUAAGCGAGUUUCUCCGGGCACUCCUCAAAGAUCUUCCCAUCACCCUUCAGAUCCCCGUUCUCCUUACUAUUGUGCUUGCCAUUGUGGUCUUCAUGUAUGGAAGUGUGCAGGCAGUUUUCCAGUACGGCAUCACUGCACCUCUACGCCGGCAUAGAAGGGAUCAGCCCCUUCCACCAACAGAGCAGCGUCAUCUCCAAGAAAUUGAGAACCGUGGCCACAUGGACGCAGGGGACAUGCCGCAGCAUUGUCCCCAGCAUAACGGACAUGAGGCCCGACUGCACAACAAUCAGUUUUGCCGAUCACGACUCAACAUGGCCCGAGAAGAGCCAGCCAGGAUAUUUGUGGAGACUUUGCGUACUGCGUCUUCUUCCCAAAACCAACAGGAGUUAGACGGGAAUCGACGUGAGAGGCGUGUUGAAGCCGGGCAAGGGGAUGAGGCCGAUCCUCGAAUGGUGUCUGACUCUGAUGACCAUGCAGAGGUGGAGGAGACUCAAAGAGGCGCAAGUGUUUUGGUGUCACGGCAGACUGCUAAAAUAAAGGAAAAACCCACCGACUGCGGCUCAUCUCAGUUAGAACAUCCAAAAGACAGGCCCAGAGAGAGGACGCCAUCUGGACUCCCUCAGACUCUACCUAAAGUGGAUGUGCAGGACCCGAAUGCCUCAGCUGGAGACUCUGAGCCCUCCGUUUCGCUGCCAAAUGUGGAAACGCUGGGCAGUCCUGUUCAAGAGACAUUGCCAUCAGACGUGAUGGAGAAUCACUAG